AUGGCACGUCUCUGCAGCGCGCAGGGGACCAAGCGGGGAGCGCGCCGCUCGCUUGCCCGGUGCUUUCCUGUCAAUGAGAAACUGGAACCGCUUGGACAGAUGUUUUGGAACAAUGGGUCACUUGCUUGGUGCCAGAAUCAUAAACAGUGUUCAAAGUGCCUGGAGCCCUGCAAAGAGUCCUGGGACCUGAAGAAAAACCAUUGCCAAAGCUUCUGUGAGCCUCUUUUCCCCAAGAAGAAUUAUGAAUGCCUAACUAGCUGUGAAUUCCUUAAGUACAUCCUGUCUGUGAAGCAAGGGGACUGCCCAGCACCUGAGAAGGCCAGUGGUUUUGCAGCUGCCUGUGUUGAAAGCUGUGAAGCUGAUAGUGAAUGUUCUGGAGUGAAGAAAUGCUGUUCCAAUGGAUGCGGUCAUACGUGCCAAGUUCCAAAAAAUCUGUACAAAGGUGUUCCACUGAAACCCCGGAAAGAAUUAAAAUUCAUAGAACUUCAGUCUGGAGACCUGGAGGUGAAGUGGUCUUCAAAAUUCAAUAUUUCCAUUGAGCCUGUGAUCUAUGUUGUUCAGAGGAGGUGGAAUCAAGGAAUCCAUCCAAGUGAGGAUGAUGCUACUAGCUGGCAAACUGUGGCGCAGACUACGGACGAGCGGGUUCGGCUGCCGGACAUCCGAGCGAGCAGGUGGUACCAGUUCCGUGUGGCAGCCGUGAAUGUGCACGGGACGAGAGGCUUCACAGCACCCAGCAAGCACUUCAGAUCCUCGAAAGAUCCAUCUGCUCCGCCAGCUCCAUCUAAUAUCAGAAUUGCCAAUAUCAGUGCAAACAAUGAUGGGAGUGUAAAUGUAAUGAUUACUUGGGAUCUUCCAGAAGAGCCUGAUAUCCCAGUGCACCACUACAAAGUCUUCUGGAGCUGGACAUAUAGCAAAUAUGUAAUCCCAGCUAAAAAAAAGAGAAGGAAGAUUACCGAUGGGGCCCAAAAUUAUGUGGUCCUGGAGGGACUCCAACCCAACAGCAACUACAAUGUAGAACUGCAGGCAGUAACACGUUGGGGUCAGAUACGCCUAAAAAGUGCUAAAGUUUCUCUCCACUUUAGCACGACUCAGGACACCAGGAAUAAUAAGGAACAGACAUCUUCUGCUGGGAAACCCCAGAAAGGACUGGUAGAUCCUUACCCAACAUUUCAAAGAAGGAAAACUACUCGUUUUCUUAAAAUUGGAACUCCUUUCUAUCAGGACAAUCAACUUCAGGUCAAGGUCUACUGGAAGAAGACAGAUCUCAGCAUGAAUCAAUUCCAAGUCCACUGGUUACUGGAGUCCUGUGCACACAAUGACACCAAAGGACUUGGGAAAGUAACUGAGCUGACUUACGAAAACUACAUGAUUCUGAAGGAUCUGUCAUUUUCAUGCAAAUAUAAAGUAACUGUUUUGCCUGCAAAAUCUAAAGGUCGUUAUAAAGCUGAGAGUAUUUUCUUUGUUACCCCACCUUGCUCUGCAUUUAAAGAAAAAAACCACAAGCACAUUAAUUGUCCUGCUGAAGGAGUGCCAGUUCUACCCAAAGUGUUGGCCAAACCCGAGAAUCUAUCUGCGUCUUUCAUUGUCCAGGAAGGUAACAUCACUGGUCAUUUUUCCUGGAAGAUAUCUAAGGCAGACCUUCACCAGCCCAUGACAGGGUUUCAAGUCACUUGGGCAGAAGUAACCACAGAAAGCCGGCAGAACAGCUUACCCAACAGCAUCAUUUCGCAGUCGCAGAUACUGCCAGCAGAUCAUUAUGUACUUACCGUGCCCAAUUUGAGGCCAUCGAUGCUGUACCGCUUGGAAGUUCAAGUGCUGACGACUGGUGGGGAAGGGCCAGCUACAAUAAAAUCGUUCCGAACACCCGACCUUCCUCCAUUUUCACCCCACAGACCUCAUCUGAAACAACUUCAUCCACAUCACUACAAGGCACCCCCAGAGAAAUAUUAGACUGUUUCAGAUGAUUAUGCAAAUAACUGAGAGACAAACUGAGCUCCCAAAUGGAGGCUAGGAAAAGGCACAUCUGUAGGAGCAAUGAACACAGUUUUCCAGUGGAAGUCACCAUCCUGUACGAUUUGUAUCUACUUCUCUGUAGUUUAGCCAUGACGAAUUGUAUUUGCACCAAGGCCAGGAUGAAACAUACAGCAAGUAUCAUUUCAGUACCA